AGCAUUAGGUUUCACCUGUAAAUCUGUUGUUAGCCAUUAUCUCAGAAGUUGGUGGGGUAUUUACCCAAAUUAACUUCCUAAUCCUUGAAAGAGAUCUCUGAGACAAUACCAUGUGAUCCCUUGUCUCUCGGUGGACUCCAUCUUAGCCCCACCAAAUAUCAUUCAUUGUGGUAUUUGGAUUGCAGAGGCAAUUGGCAACUAUAUAUACAAUAUUUCUUCGGUACUCAAGCAACACAAGUCAUUGUAUUCCUAAAGUAUAAGAAUUCCAAUAUUUCUUUAUCAUACAAGUCCUUUGGCAUCAGUAUAAUAUAUUUGUUGAGUGGAGCAAUAGACAACAAUGGGUUUCCGCAUAGCAGGUAUUGUUAGACGGGCUUCAUUUUCUACAACCCAAGCAGCCACCAAGGGAGUUGAAGUACCAAAAGGCUAUCUUGCAGUCUAUGUUGGAGAUAAGAUGAAGCGAUUUGUGAUUCCAGUACCAUACUUGAACCAACCUUCAUUUCAAGAAUUAUUAAGUCAAGCAGAAGAAGAAUUUGGAUAUGAUCAUCCAACUGGUGGUCUCACAAUUCCAUGUCAGGAGGAUGAGUUCCUAAACGUCACCUCUUGCUUGAAUGAGUUGUAAAUCAUGCUAAUGGAGACGUAGAUUAGAUUAGAUGAGGCAAAUUUGUACAGAAGGCACUUUCUUUUUGUUGUAAAGAUUUUCCAAUUGGUUCUCUUGUAUAAUUCUAUCGGAAGUUGAAACUUGUUGCUUGAAUUAAAGUGCAACACACGACAUUGUUUAAACACUUUUUGCUUUUGCCAAAUCUCAAUGAAUUCUAAUAUAUACAACAGUUUCCUUAUCAAA